AUGUGUGAUUAUAGUCAGUGUGCUAUGUAUUGGCGUGCAUACACAGGAUGGGUUGGUUCGUGUAUUGUACUGGCGUUAGCGUCUGUGUUGUACGAAGGGUUGAAACAGUUUAGAGAAUGGCUGGCCAAGAAACAUAUGCAAAGACUCUCACCAAAAUCCAACAAUUCGGUUGGGACGUCGAUGACUGUCGCGGAGAUAACCCAUAUUGAAAAUCAACAGUCUUUCACGAAGAGUCUCAUAGACCCAUACCACCUUAUGCAGACAGGUCUUCACUUUGUACAGGUUACCCUCAGCUACGCCCUCAUGUUGGUUGUGAUGACAUACAGUGUGUGGUUGUUCCUGUCCGUAGUGUUGGGUCUAACACUGGGUUAUUAUCUGUUUGGCUGGAAAAGAGCCACAACCACUGAUGUUAACGAACAUUGUCACUAA